GUAAAUGGGAUUCAUUUGUCUUUGGCUCUUCGAUAAAGUAGUUUAACGUUAGUCGGGGUUGGAGCAGGAGUUUGUAGGACUUGUGGGCAGCUACUGAGUGAGUCAACGCGCGCAGCAGUGAUGUAGAUGAUCCAGAAGAUUUCCUUUCGACAGGAAUCGAUUCGCUCCAGAGAGCUGCUGGAGAAGUUCCUCAGCGCCUGGAGCCUCCAUAGGUUCGCUUACAAGGAGUCCGGAACACCAACACACGAAAAAGGAAAUUAAAUGCCACUUGGAUGUUCUGCUCUGUGGACCUGAGUGAUCUCAACAACCUGCUUGAACUUUCACGAUGUGCUUCCACAACAUGGACGUGAAAAAUGGAUGCAUCAUUAUGUGUCGUGGCUGAGGGGAUCUUGUAAGGACAAAGCUCCUGAGAUUCUAGUGAAAUUCCACACUCAUUGCUCACAUCCUCCAGUCAUCUGCUUGGGACGCCACUGUUGCUCCUCAGUCUACACUUCUUUGGACAACUCCGUCAGCGCUGGUGGACAGAGGCAGGGACACCUGCGAUCCCAAGUGCUUGUCCCAAAAGCGCUAGCAGGCUGUUUGAGAAUGACCUGCUUUCACUUAUUCACCAUUGUUCUGUUUGAAGUCUGCAUUCUCCUGCUCUCUCAUACUGAAGCUGGUCAGAACCCGGACCAUGUGCUGCAGGGGGCCGGCGGUAAACACAGCUCGGACUCCAGAAGACCAGCUCCGGGUUCGACGGUGGAGCCUGAGGAUGCGCCACGUUUUCUCAGCUGUUACUGCUCAGGCCACUGUCCAGAGGACGCCAAGAACAACACCUGCAUAACAAAUGGCCAGUGCUUUGCCAUCAUUGAAGAAGACGAAAAUGGAGAGGUGUUUUUAAGCUCUGGCUGUAUGAAGUAUGAAGGCUCCCAUUUUCAGUGCAAGGAUUCGCAGUAUGCCCAGGCGAGACGAACCAUUGAGUGUUGUCAGUCUGAUUUCUGUAAUCAUGAUCUGAAGCCUGAGCUACCUCCACAAGAGCCAGAUGCAUUCCUUGCCCCUCACUGGCUGGCCUUGCUCAUCUCUGUUACUGUGUGUUGCAUUAUCCUCGUCUGCAUCACCGUGGUGUGUUACUAUAGGUAUAAGUGGCAAACAGAGAGGCAGCACUACCACAGAGACUUGGAGCAGGCCGAAGCCUUCAUUCCUCCCGGUGAAUCUAUCAAAGACCUCAUCCACCAGUCUCAGAGUUCAGGCAGUGGCUCUGGGCUCCCCCUGCUGGUCCAGCGUACCAUAGCGAAGCAGAUCCAGACGGUGCGACUGAUUGGGAAAGGCCGCUGUGGUGAGGUGUGGUUGGCUCGCUGGAGGGGGGAGAAGGUGGCAGUGAAAGUGUUCUGCACUCGUGAAGAGGCCAGCUGGUUCAGAGAGACCGAGAUCUACCAGACUGUGCUGAUGAGACAUGAAAAUAUUCUGUGCUUCAUAGCAGCUGAUAUAAAUGGUACAGGAGCCUCCUCCCAGAUGUAUCUAAUCACAGACUACCACGAGAACGGCUCUCUGUACGAUUACCUGAAGUUCACCACCCUGGACACGCAGGCCUUGCUGAAACUGGCCUACUCUACAGCGUGUGGUCUGUGCCACCUUCACACUGAGAUCUAUGGCACACAUGGCAAACCAGCAAUCGCUCACCGGGACCUGAAGAGCAAGAACAUCCUUGUCAAGAGGAACGGCACCUGCUGCAUUUCUGACCUGGGGCUGGCUGUCAAAUUUAACAGUGACAGUAAUGAGGUUGACAUCCCUCUGAGCACUCGUACAGGAACCCGGCGCUACAUGGCUCCAGAGGUCCUCAAUGAAAGCCUUAGCAAGAACCACUUCCACGCUUACGUAAUGGCCGACAUCUACAGCUACGGGUUGGUCAUGUGGGAGAUGGCGAGACGCUGCGUCACAGGAGGGAUAGUUGAGGAGUACCAGCUGCCGUACUAUGACAUGGUCCCCUCAGACCCUUCAUACGAAGACAUGCUGCAGGUAGUGUGUGUGAAAGGGCUGCGACCCACAGUGUCCAACAGGUGGAACAGUGAUGAGUGUUUGAGGGCCAUGCUGAGGCUGAUGUCGGAGUGCUGGGCCCACAAUCCGCAAUCACGCCUCACUAUUCUACGAGUCAAGAAAACGUUAGCCAAAAUGGUGGAAUUGCAGGACAUCAAAAUCUGAGCCAUGUCUGAACUAGGUUUGUUGGCAAAGCCAAUCAGAGACAGGAUCCGGUUCCGUCCUGUUUAACACGGGCUGAGAGAGAUCGAACUCAGCGUCGAUGCCGUCUUUGCUCCUUUCCUGCUUGACUUCUGGAGAGCACAUGGAGCCAGGUUUUUUGUUUGUUUGUUUUUAUUUUUUUGCUUUCUGUGAAAGCUGGAUGAUCACAGGCUUUUGGAGAGAUUCAGACUGCAUCUCUGAAUCUUCUGAAGUCUUGGGAUGGACAACUGACCUUUCUGCCUUACAUGCCAAGCUACUUGUUUCUGUGUCAGCUGUGUAUGGGUUGUUGUUUUUUUUGUUUGUUUUCGUGGGUUGAACCUCAAUUCCUGCCAUAUGGAAAAACAUUUGUGACUUUUUGCCAAGCGCAAUUACACAGAGACUUGUAAAUAAAAUUCUAAUGUUAGAUUGCACAAGCUAAAAAGUACAAAAUGUUCUACUAAUAGUGGUCUGUGGUGCCAGACACUUCAACCUUUUAAUACUGUCGUAAAGGUUUCCUGUGUAUGUAUGUUGAGUUUAGUUAACACUUUUAAUGUAGAUAGUAUUUAGCAGUCAGAUGACUCGUACUGGUUGCUAUUUGACUUAUAUCAAGAAAUAUUCUUCCACUACAAGUCUAAAUCCUGUAUUUAUCAGUAUUUUAAGGGAAUAUUUUGAGGGUUUUUUUUUUUUUUUAAACCUGUUCAUAAAUUGAUGUUUUAGGUCUCAUGGAAAACAUUAGUCCUUGUAUGGACUUCCUCUUGGCAUAAUUAACAUUUAUAGACCAUGUGAACAGACAUACACAUGAAAACACCAGCCUUACUUUACCUUUAUUGCUUUCCAUGCCAUUGAAACAAGCAGUGAAAACAAGACAUGGGUCUAUACGUACAGGAAGUGUAAACCGACAGUCCUCGUUUUAGUGCCAGACUAAUAUUAUGCCUUAUCAAAGUUUGCCAACUUUUCAUAAUGUUAUGUAAAGGUAAAGUUAUAGAAACAUAAAUGAUAAUGUUUGAAAAAGUUCAUUAAAAUGCUCUUCAGAAAAAAAUAAAUUUGCUUUAAAAAUAUAAAUAUGUUUUUAAAAAAUAAAAGGGGGUAACUUGAGGCAAAUCAGUUCAAUGUACAAUACAAUAAAAUAUCACAAGUGGUUUCUGCGUAAGCAAUGCAUGCACUUUUUGGCCAGAAGAGAAUAUUUUGGAAAAACAGAGCUUUGGGAUUUUUUAUUUUUUUUUGCUUGUUUUUGUUUUUUAAAUUUAUUUUAAUUGGGAAUGACAUGUCUGUUACUCUUUCUCACUUCUCACUGCUAACCUUAUAACUGUUCUUGGAUUUAGAGCUGUGACUCAUGGCACUUCUUUUUACCCCUGUUUCUCCCAGUUAAACAUAAUAAAAUGACACACUUUUAAAAAUGAACUAGCAUCUCUAACAUGGACGUAUUUAAACGUUGCCCUGCUCUGUGCUAAUACAAGGUAACCAUUGGUAUGUAAUUAUUCCACACCUUUUUAAUGUAACUUCUAGAUGAAUGGGUGCCUUGAGUUUGCAUUUUCUUGGCAAAUACUUUACAUAUGACACUUGUCCAUCGUAUUCAUUUGAAGUAAAUAUUUACUAUAUGAA